AGCAUUUUCGUUUUACUUCCGGAGGGUUCCACCUCCCUUUCCUCCCCCCUUUCUCUCCAGAGAGGAGGGGAAGAAAAACAGAGGAGGCCGCUGGGUUGGGAGCACGCUGGGCCUGGCCCAGGCUGCUGGCUCUCCUGCUGUCUCCAACCCCCACGCGCCGGAGCGGUGUACACAACUUAAAAUACAACAUUUCGAAAGAAGGAACUUCUCAAAAUGAGAGGAUCAAGGAAACUAUGAAAGGCAAGAAAGUUUCCUUUUAAAAGACAGAAGUCUUGCCCAGACGAAAACAAAAAAGAGCACAAACUCUAGCAAAAGACAUGUAUAUUAAUAAGGCAAGUGAAGAAAACUUGAGGUCAACGGAUACAUGUUCACGUUCAGCAUAGAAGAGCAUGUUCCCAAAUUCUUCCAACUUGGGUCGUCCACCCUUCCCUCUAGAACGCCAACAAUACAACUUCUUCAGUAAUCUUCCAGUGAACAUACCUCCUGUUCUUCUUUUUCACCAGCAAAUUAUUGAUCAUCCCCAGUUCCCAAGCACAACAGCUCUGUUGGGUGGUAGUCUUUCGACCAUCCCAGCUGUUUCACCACCACCUUUUGCCUAUAGAAAUGGCAGCCCAGUGCAUUCAUCAUCUGCACCUGCAUCAUUCCGAGGCAGAAAGAGGCUGAAAGAGCAGGAUGUUCAUUAUGAAGUGAAGCGCCAGCGAUUUCAUUCACCUCAUCGGGAGUCAACUUCAGCUAACCAUGCAGUGCCUUUACCAGAAGAUCACAGGCGUUCAUUCCCUGGGUCAAUUUCUUCGCCAUUAUAUCAAGCACAUUACAGCUCAGAUUUGACUGGAUGUGUGCCACCCUUACAAGAAGCUUCAUUUCCUGACCCCAUAGAAAUUGCGCUCCCUGUGGCCAAAGAUAAGCUAAGUCAGCAAGUACUGGAGUUAUUUCAAGCGUGUCAACAGCAGUCUUUUGACUUGAACAAAAAAGAGCUUUGCCGAACACAACUCCAAAGGGAAAUUCAGCAGAUCUUUCCAAAUAGUAGAUUGUUUUUGGUUGGAUCUUCACUGAAUGGAUUUGGUACCCGUAGCAGUGAUGGUGACUUGUGCCUGGUGGUUAAAGAGGAGCCAAUAAAUCAAAAGACUGAAGCAAGACACAUACUCAGCUUACUCCAAAAACACUUCUGUAGGAAGCUUUCAAGCUACAUUGAGAGACCUCAACUGAUUCGAGCAAAAGUGCCAAUAGUGAAGUUCAGGGACAAAGUCAGCUGUGUGGAGUUUGACUUGAAUGUAAACAAUGUUGUAGGAAUAAGAAAUACAUUCCUUCUCAGAACCUAUGCAUACAUUGAGAGUCGCGUUCGUCCACUAGUGCUGGUUGUAAAGAAGUGGGCGAGCUUUCGUGGCAUAAAUGAUGCCAGUCGAGGCACUUUAAGCAGCUAUAGUCUUGUGUUGAUGGUUUUGCACUAUUUACAAACCCUACCUGAACCUAUCCUUCCAUCCCUCCAAAAAAAUUACCCAGAAUCCUUUGAUCCUUCUAUGCAGCUGCACCUUGUGCACCAAGCCCCAUGCACCAUUCCUCCUUACCUAUCAAAAAAUGAAUCAACUCUUGGAGACCUGUUGCUGGGCUUCCUGAAAUAUUAUGCUACAGAAUUUGACUGGAGGGGUCAGAUGAUCUCAGUUCGUGAAGCCAAAGCCAUUCCAAGACCUGAUGGUGUUGAAUGGAGAAACAAGUUCAUUUGCGUAGAAGAACCCUUUGACCGAACAAAUACUGCUAGAGCAGUACAUGAAAAACAGAAGUUUGACAUAAUCAUAGAUGAGUUUUGCAAGUCAUGGCAGAGACUGAGAGACAGGAGGGACUUGAACUGUAUACUACCUUUAAGAGCAACUAUACAGAAAAGAUAACUGGCUUCCUUCUUAAAUGGACCCUUCAGAAUUAUGCGAUACAAAGGACAUCAAAACCCCAAGAUGCAGUUUUUCGCCCUGCCCUGCACUUUUUUAAAGAGAGAUUUUUCUUUCAAGCUUUUGUUAAAGAAACUUUUGUAAUAAUUUAAACAAGCAACCUUUAUGACAUUCAAUAAUCUUGUGAAGACCGUUCUCUAAAACAGCUUGAAUCAGUGACCAAUAAAGAGACUGCUAUAAUACACAUUUGCAAAUCUGUCAGGAGUUUAUUGAUUUGUUGUUAACAUAAAUUGUAGUGGUUGACCCAACCACACUGAAAUACAAAGAUGAAGAGUUAUGUAAUGUUCAGCAGCCUGGCUGUGAGAGAGAAUAGCACAGAGUGCACAUUUCCUUAAGAGUAAGUAGCUCCUGCUUUACAAUUGCUAAAUACAAAAUGCACUUUGGUUCAAUUUGGCCCCUUCGUUUCUAAUGUGUUUGUAACAAACAACUACUUCUUUGCAAAAUAACUAGGUCCUUAGUCAUGCUGUUGAUCUGGCCUAGUUCUCACUGAGAUGGUACACCCAAGUCUGGGCUGUACUACUUCAGAGAGCAGGUGGAGGUUUGCAUGAAUUCCAUAUAAGGAAUUCCAUGCACUUACAACAUUGGAUGUUGGAGAAAGCCUAGGCUAGAACCUUUCUUCUUGACCCUUCAUUUUCCUUGUAUAGGGAUCUUUCUUUGUAUAGAGGAGCAGUCAGUCAUGUGAGCCCCCACCAGUAGUCUGAAAUGGCACAGCCCAAAGGAUCAGUACCAUGAUAAGAACUUCUGACUACUGGGAAUUAUAAUCUCAACUGGAAAUCUAAGGCAGCAGAGCUGCUUCAAGGCAGUAGGUCUCCCCAACUUUUGACAUACCAAACCAAGCACAGCCUGCCAGCCGCAUUAAGCAGUUCACCAAGAGCUUGAUAAGCCUUGUGUGUGUUCUGCCUACUUAGGGUUGCAAAAACAGGAGAUAGUUGGGCAUUUUCCAUGCCGUAAUGUGUCGCUUUUGGGCUGUUUUCAGCUUGAGGUACAGGCUGUGCAGCCCCGAUCCAUGGCAAGCCCCGAUCCAUGGCAAACGUAGCAAAGGCUUAAUAGGCUUCACUUCAGCCCAGGGACAGCUUCACACGUUACAAUGAGGUAGGGGGAGAGGAAGUGCAAGUGACACUUUGUGCUUCCCCUUGCAGCACUUCCUGUAUACUCCGUAAAAUAAACUUGCAAUGGCAGUAUUUCUGCUUUUAGACUUUGCCCCUGUCCCCCCAGGUCCCUGCACCAGGAUAGCAGUGUCAGGAAGUGCAGCCUCCUUGUAUUUUCUCUCCAACGCUUGUGCUUUGUAAGGUGUGAAACCACCCUAGGUCAGGACCCUCUUUGUACAAGUUCCUUUCGAUAUAAAGUAGUAAUGAUGACUGCUUAAAAAUAGCUGCUACGAUAAGCCCAGUUUUUAUUUUAUUUUUGUUUCUGUUUUUGUGUAUAUAUUUGUAAAUUGGUCAGCUGCUAUAUUAAUUGAGAUUUAAAAAAUCUUGAAAAUUUUAACCUUUUUCAAGAAGUAUGGGACUUCUUUUAGAUCUGCUGUAGCACAAUUUGUGCCUCUCAUAUUUAUUGCAGACCAAUUCAUAUGUUAAGCAUUACUUUUCACUGAUGUCAACUUUGGUUUUUUCCUCUUUAAGUUUAAUAUUUUUAUUGUGUCAAGUUGAAUAAAGUUUCUGUAUAAAAAAAAUAAAGUUACCAUUUUGUA